AGUGAGAGGUUUUCUUUUGAAGUCUUCUCGCAGCUUCCCUUCGAAGGCACAGUGGUUGACUGGGAUCGCCAGAGGCGAACAGACGUGUUCUGUGUCAGGAUCGAGGGGAUUUUUUUUUUUUUUUUAGAUGAAAGUAGGCAUUCCCGGGCGGUAGCGAGCGGAGGUGGUCUGCUGCUUCACACAGGAAGAAAGAAGGGGAAACAGAGACGGCUCUUGUUGGGCGGAUUUUAAUGAAAUACAGCAGCUGUCGUACACACGCCUGCCACCCCUACCUACCCCGAGUUAGAUGCGUUUGACUUAAAGAUGCGGAGCGACCCCAUACUGUUCGCCUCGAGGGCGAUGGAGGAGUUGUUGGCGGAGUUGCGGGUCUUUCUGGAGCUGUUGGACAGAGAGUAUUUAACCGCAGGUGUGAGGGAGAAGAAACAGCAAAUUUUAAACAUCCUACACAAAGUUCUUGCCACUAAAGAACCCUGCUGUAAGACAGAGAUUCACACCUCUCUCCCGGCCCCUCCUCAGAUGCCUCUGCCAGAAAUUCCUCACCCCUGGAUGCCUCCAGACAAUGGGCCUCCUCCUUUGCCGAGCUCCUCUCUUCCUGAAGGUUAUUAUGAGGAAGCUGUACCGCUGAGCCCUGGGAAAGCCCCAGAGUACAUCACCUCAAAUUAUGAUUCUGAUGCCAUGAGCAGUUCGUAUGAGUCAUAUGAUGAAGAAGAGGAGGAUGGGAAGGGACAGAAGAUGCAUCACCAGUGGCCUUCUGAGGAGGCAUCCAUGGACCUGGUGAAGGAUGCACGAAUCUGUGCCUUCUUGUUGCGAAAGAAACGUUUUGGACAGUGGACCAAACUGCUCUGUGUCAUAAAGGACAACAAACUGUUGUGCUAUAAGUCCUCUAAAGACCAUACUCCGCAGAUGGAGCUCCUCCUGUCUGGUUGCAGUAUUACUCACAUUCCCAAAGACGGCAAGAAGAAGAAGCAUGAACUGAAGAUUGUCCAUCAAGGUGCUGAUGCUCUGGUGCUGGCCGUCCAGAGCAAAGAACAGGCUGAAGAGUGGCUUAAGGUGAUGAGGGAAGUCUGUGCUAAUGGAAACGGAGCAGUGGACUGUGACGGAGCUGGCUCUGGAUCCCCUGUUCACAAAGCAGAGCUGGAAAAGAAGCUGUCCUGUGAUAGACCCAGUUCAGAUGGAGAGCCCUGCCAUGAAAACGGCUUCUCAGAUGGCAAAGAUCCAGCCAAAGGCAAGAAGAACUCUAAAUCAGAGCAGAAAGGCACAGUGGGACGGGUGACUGGAAAGAAAAUCACCAAAAUCAUCAGUCUGGGAAAGAAGAAGCCAUCCACUGAUGAACAGACCUCAUCGGCAGAGGAGGAUGUCCCAACAUGUGGCUAUCUGAAUGUGCUGUCCAAUAACCGCUGGAGAGAGCGCUGGUGCCAGCUGAAAGACAACCAGCUGUUGCUGCACAAGGACCGGGCAGAUCUGAAGACGCACAUGGCCUCUCUGCCGCUGCGGGGGUGUGAGGUCAUUCCAGGGCUGGACUCCAAACAUCCUUUUGCCUUCCGUCUGCUGCGCAACGGACAGGAGGUGGCUGUUCUAGAGGCAUCCUCCUCUGAGAGUAUGGGGAGAUGGUUGGGGGUCUUGCUGGCAGAAACGGGCUCCACAACAGACCCUGCUGCGCUGCAUUAUGAUUACAUUGACGUGGAGACCACUGCUAAUGUCAUUCAGCUUGCCAAGCAGUCAUUUUGUUUCACCAGUAAACGUGCAAUUUCUCCAAACCCAUACCUGGAUAACCCGGUCAAUGGUUACGCAUGCCCCACAGGGGUCGCUCUGCAUUAUGAUGAUGUACCCUGCAUCAAUGGAACGCUGUUUCUUUCUGCCAAUCAGCUGAGGGGAAAGAAAGCCCUGACCACCAAUGGGAUCACUGCGAAGCAGAAGCUGGACAAGUGCCAGCCCAAAAAGGCCAAUGGAACAAGAGGCACUCUGCCAUUGAAACGGAACAAUUCUAGUGCGGAUCAGUAUAAGUACGGGAAAAACAGAGUGGAGGCAGAUGCAAAGAAACUCCAAGCGAAAGAGGAGGAGUUGAUGAAGAGGAAGCAGGAAAUUCGAAACCGCCUGAUCCAGCUGAAAAAAGACAGGAAGGACCUGCGUACUGCCAUAGAGAACAACACAGGUAAGCGUUCUCAGGCAUCUCUGACAGAGAGACUGAAGAAAGUGGAGGAAGAAUGUAAACUGAAAGAGGAAGAGCGAGUGAAUUUGGAGCUGGAGAUGACAGAGGUGAAGGAAAGUCUGAAUAAAGCCCUGAAUGGAGGCGUCUCCCUGGGCUUGACCAUUGAACCCAGAACGGGCAGCUCCAGCCCACAGUCUCCAGUGUUAAUGAGGCGAACGGUGGACAACUCACCCAUCUCCAGUUGUGACACCAGCGACACCGAGACCUGCUCUCUGCCAGUCAACAGCGCCUCUCUGCUGCGCCGGCAGACACAACAGAAAGCCUCACCUGUGCGAGGACACGUCCUCAGGAAAGCCAAGGAAUGGGAGAUGAAGUCUGGCACAUAAAUUCCUUUCCACCAUCCUUGCACUUUCAUUGUAUCUAUUUAUUUAAUUUUAUCCACAUAGGAGUUUAGUUGAAAUUGAAUUGACUGAACCAUAGGCCUACUAUUUUCCAGAAUAGAAAUCAAUUUUAGAAGACUUCGACUGAGUAACCAGCUAUUUUACCAUUGUCAUCCAAGCAUUAUCAUUGGACCAUGAUUUAAACCAGAGAUAUUAAUUUUUACAUUAACAUAUACAGCAUUUCUUUCAUCCAAAACUACGUACAACUGAGGGAAAUCACUAGCAAUUUGUCAUGCAAAAGCCAAUAAUAUUGGCAGUGCCACAAUGGACCCUUUUCACAGACUGUGAGAGACAUUUCCGCCUUAUUUAGCAGUGUAAAUUUAGCAAAUUUGUUACAUUUAUAAUUAUUUUAUUAUUUUCUGUAAAUUUAGAACAUCCUUUUUUUUUUUUUUUUUUUAUUACCCUGGCAUUAAAAAAAACUCGUUGAAACUGCUGCAGUAUGGUUUCAAGUACAUUUGCUGUUUAAAAUACAGCUUCUGAAUGUCAUAAUAUAUAUAUAUAUUUUAUUUAUUUAUUUUUUUUUUUAUUUUUUUUUUUGGAAACACAAAAAUAAUAUUUGCUAAGGAGUCUCCUUUACCGCUACAGAAGUGUAACCUGCUAUAGUUUACUAAUGCAUUCCAAUCCAGGAAAUGUGAAAAGGGUUCAUACCAAAUUUCAUUAGUAAACCAGAAUAGUAAAAUUACAGAACAAAAGAGAAAAAGACAAAUUUGUUAACCAAACAGAUCCUGUCUUAAACUAUGGUCCUUAACUACAAUCUAAAGGUGCACCUCGUAAGAUGUGUGAGAAGCUCACUGGUCUCAGUCUGUAAUUACUUGUGUCUAUAAAAAGUCUGUUUCUUUCUCCAAGAAGCCAUCAAUGUAAGACGAAAAUCUCCAAAUAUUUAUUUGUAAAUGUUUAAGUAAAUAUAAGCCUCUCUGUGUUUGUCUGUGUUGAUAUUUAGCAAUGGCUUUCAUUUGGCUUCAUGCUAGUCAUAGAGAGCAGCUUCUAUUGGGAACAGGAUAAAUGUCAUUUAGUAUAUGUAAACUACAGAAAAUUAUCAUUCCAAGUUUGUUCUGUAGAAUAAGUGCAAUCUGUAUGAAAGUAUUUCACCAGUCUCUUCUCCUCCUUGGUGUCUGGUCCAUUAUUUUUGGCUGGAUAGGUUGCUAUGGCAACAGCAGCCCAUGGGGAACAGGGCAGCUCAGGCCAGGGUGUGGCCCUCGGUUGGCUGACUGCUCUGGAAACUGGGCCUGAAAAUACUGCUACGCUUUCUCUUAAUGCUCCACCGAACACACACUGCAGUCCUGUGUGCGUGUUUAUGAAUAUGUACAACAUCACCAGAACACUGCAAUUUAUCAAUACACUGACAGUUAUAGUACUGUAUGGUAACACAACGAAAAAUGCACAUGUGAAAUAUCAUUAGAGUUUUCAGACUUUUUAAAGGUUCAAAUUCAAUAGCUUUGCAUGUGCAGGUAUAAGCACUAAGUAAUCUGUUUACUUUAAAGUAAAGUUUGGUCAAACAAAAGAAUGUUUGACAGAGAUCUUUUAAAAGUCAGAAUAUUUCUAAAGAGUUCAGGCUCUAAUACAAGUUGUUGUUUUUUGGUAGAAACCUACCCAUACCUCUGUGACCACUUCAAGUCCAUCCACCUGACCUACUGAAAAUGGUGCUUUUAAGCAAUGCUUAAACUGUUCACUCCUGAUUCAGCAAGAUUAUGGAGUUUUGGUGCUUAAUUUAGACAUGAGGGUGAUUAGACUUUCAUAUUCAAGGCACAUUUAUAAAUGCUUGUUUAUCGUGCAGUGAGGCUUGGCUUUUGAUUUAAGGCUUCACAUUUUCAAGCUAUGUUACCAACAGGCUUCAGCCAUUUUUCAGAGACACAUGUAAAUAUAAUUCCUUUUUCUACUUAGGCCCGUAGAUUUUCAGAGUUUAUCUUUGUCCAGUCAUUUUGUAAAAGUCAGCACUGGGUGAAACUUUGGUAUCAGUAGGUUGUUUUUUCUGACAAAGAGAAGUGUCUUUGGGAAUUAAGUAAUGUCUCUUGCUCUUAAAGGGACAGUUCACUCAAAAAUGAAAAUUAUCUCAUAAUUUACUCAC